CGUCUCACUUCCUGCCCUCGUCGUCGCCGUGCACGACGACGGCGAACUCGCACCCUUCGCACGGCCUGACCAGACACUUUCCCGUCGCUUUGAAUUCGUCUCGCAGUUCGCCAUCAGGCCGUCUUCUUUCCAACUUUCUCCCACAAGAGCUCAAAACCUCGGAUUGUGAGCAGCCAGCGGGCUUGCUAACGUUGGCGUGUACGCUAUGGACUCCUCCUACUCAAGCCUGCAAGUCCCCGACUCUUCGCAGGCCGGUCCGUCGCGUCAUGCGUACCGACCUGCCUCCAUCCAGCCCACGACUACAUCGUCUUCGGCCUCUCCGUCAUCGUCCAAGAAGCGAGCCUCGCACACAGUGGUGACGGGGCAGCGAGAGCAGGAAGAGCAGCCUUCUUAUCGCGACAUCUACGCGCAUCCCGCCGCACUCGAGUAUGCCGCCGCUCAUCCGAAGCGAACCAUACCAAAGUUUGGGCCGUACCUGUUGCUGCAGACGUUAGGCGAGGGAGAGUUUGGGAAGGUGAAACUGGGCUUGCACAUGCAGUGGGGCGAGGAGGUCGCUGUCAAGUUGAUGCGACGGGGGAAUAUAGAUUCCUCGGUACGCAUGUCGAAGGUUGAGAGGGAGAUAGAGGUCCUCAAGAGUCUGAAGCAUCCCAACAUCGUUCGCCUAUACGACGUGAUUGAGACCGACAAGUACAUCGGCAUCAUCCUCGAAUACGCUUCAGGGGGCGAGCUGUUCGACCAUAUCCUGGCCCAUCGUUAUCUGCGCGAAAAGGACGCGUGCAAGCUAUUCUCGCAGCUCAUCUCCGGCGUUUGGUACAUCCAUCAAAAGAAAAUCGUUCAUCGUGACCUCAAGCUCGAGAACCUGCUCCUGGACCGUCACCGUAAUGUGAUCAUCACCGACUUCGGCUUCGCCAACCGCUUCGAGCACCGGUCGGACGACCUGAUGCAGACAAGCUGCGGGUCGCCGUGCUAUGCGGCGCCCGAGCUAGUCAUAUCCGACGGGCUCUAUGUCGGUUCCGCUGUCGACAUCUGGUCGUGCGGAGUCAUUCUCUAUGCAAUGCUGGCAGGGUACCUGCCCUUCGACGACGAUCCGGCUAACCCGGACGGAGACAACAUCAACCUCCUGUACAAGUACAUUGUCAACACUCCUCUGUCCUUCCCCGACUACAUAUCCGCCGAAGCCCGUGACCUGCUCUCCAUCAUGCUUGUCCCGGACCCGUCCCGUCGAGCUGACCUGCCCACCAUCAUGGCUCACCGAUGGCUCGCGCCUUGCGUGCACAACUUCAACAAGAGUGUUGCGGACCUUGAGCGCGCGGCUAUUGAGCAGCACCAUCAGAAGCGACUUGCCUACCAGAGGCAGAUGAAGCAGGCUGUCCAGACGCAAGAGCCCGCGUCGAAGAUUGCGCGCAGCCAGAGCUCGCGGACGGAUGGCUACAGCGGCUCUGCGAGCGUUGGCCCCCCGUCUCGGUCUAGGAGUAACCGGGACCACGCAUAUAGUCAGCAAGCGCAGCCGGAAUACCUUUACGAGACGUCUCCGGACGCAUCUGUAUACUCGACUGCUCCAAGUGCGUCUCGUCGGGCCUUCAACUCGACUAUCGUGUUGCCUACAUCGACUCCUAUGGUGGAAGACGAUCCGUUUGCGCCCUCGCCCACCGGGGAGAACGAUGCAACCGCAUCUGCCAUGGAUACGGCUGCUACCAAUGGAACCACUUCCGAAGAGACAAGGAAGAUCAACGGUUCCUCGCCACCCGUCUCCAGCAGCAAGACUUCUCCCGACGGCAAGCGCAAGGGUGGCAUGCGUCAUACCAUUCAGGUUGAGUAUGGGGAAUCCGACGGCAGGGAGCCCCAGCACAAGAGCAGCAGCCGCACAACUAAUGGGGCCUCCUCGGCGGGCCCAUCCAACCCCGAAAAGGAGCGCUCUCAGAGGAAGGCGUCUGUCGAUGUUACCAGGCGCAGCUCGACGAAGGCCUUGCCGAGCACACCCUCAGCGACUGUCUCCCGAGAUCGCUCCGAGACGAUCACCCAGCGACUCGUCUCUGCGCAAAGCGCAACUGCCCCGCCUGUCGCGAUCGAGGUCACAGGACCGCCCGUCUCGCCAGGGUUUUCUCCCGAGGAGAAGGCGCCAACGGCAUCCGAGAAGACGGACUCCGCGUCGUCGAAGCAGAGCCGGCACAGGAAGGGUCUUUCCAUUGACAAGAUUGGCAUCUCCAAGCUCUUCGGUGCUUCGCCGGAGCAGCCUACCAAUGGUGUGCAGCGCGCGCCCUCGCAGAGCAAGAAGAAUGGCCCUGGCCGUGCGCCAUCCACGGAUGCCAUGGCAAACGGCAAACAUGACGUCGGAAGGCGGCCCUCGACGUUGCAGGUCCCUGUAUCUCCCACAUCCCCGACCGCGUCCGAACCUACAGCGACGCUCAGCCCAGAUGGCUCUAUCAGCAGUAAGAAGUCAAGGCGGAACACGCUCACCGUCAUGGUCGAGCCGCUCAGCCGGACUAUUAAGCAGCGCACGAAGGGCAGGACGGCGGAGACGCCUGUCAAGGAGAAGGCAAUGGAGAAACAGCCGUCCUCAGACGGCGCACCCGCCGUUCCCCCGAAGUCGCCCGUCGUCGUCACUCCCGCGACGCCCCAAUAUGCGCAGCAGCGUGGUGUACCACCGACCCCAGUCGGAGGUCCCCACCUCGCUGUGCCGGCCUCGACGGUCAAGGCCAGCAGGGUCAUGCAGUGGUUCAGGUCGAAGAGCAAGGGCAAGAACACCGACGACGAGGCGGAGAAGGGCUCCGGCGCGUCAGAUAUCGAGGUCGUCCAGCGAGACAUGACGCCGUCGUCCUCUGGUACAAUGAGUGGCAACGUCGCGAUGGGUUACCUUACCACGCCGACAUCCGAGUACAACCGCUCGCCUGUGGCAGACGGGCACCCGCAGCGGUCCGCGUCGACGCACAACGAGUCCCCGCACGUGGGUAACAGCCUCGCGGACCGCGUGCGCAACAUCGGGACGGGUGCGAAGAAGAGCGCGCAUGAGUACCCUGACAUUCGCAGGCACCAUGGCCCGCUCGAUCAGACGACGGUCACGACGCACCCGCCGCCGGAGGUCAUGAAGCAUGUCAAGACCGUCCUCGAGGGCAUGGGGGUCGAAAUCCACAUCGAGACGGAUUACAAGUACAGAUGUGUCCGGCCGAAGCGCAGAAGGGUUGGCUUGGGUUUGCGCGAGGGAUCCGUGGCCGCAUUCUCAAUGGUCGGUUCGGCUGCCUCUAACGGCGUUGACAAGCGCGGCUUGCCCCAGCCUCCUCAGUCCUACGGCACCUUCAGCGGAACAGGUGGCAUGCUCAGGGGACUACUGAUGCGCCGCCAGUCUUCUCAGGUGUCCACGAACUCGCUCAAUCAGAACGGUGCUCAGUCGUACGACGGCGAGACCUCGCCGGACGCCCUCAUUGCGGCAGCAGUGCCCGGUGGCUCGGACGUACCAGUCGCCGAGUCCGUCUAUGGCGACUCUCAACAAGACCAAGGAGACGAAAUCAGGUUCUCCGUUGAGUUGACGCGCAUCGACCGCUUGGACGAUACGUACAGUCUCGAUAUUAGACGGCUCAAGGGCAACCUCCGGAGCUACAAGUUUGUAUAUGACACGCUCAGAAACCGAGCUGAUCUCCAGCGUGCGGGGUAGAAUCACCCCCUCACGCAUACCGAGCAUGCGUUGUGUGUUGUCGUCUCUGUUUCUCUCCUUUCUGCGUCGGGGCUCGGGACACCAUCUCGCAUAUUCGUAUACCUAAUUAAUCCGUCCGCAAGCAUCCCAUCAUCCAUUCACUCUAAUAUUCUCCUUCCGUGUACUCUGGAUUCGGUACAGGCACUGCUCACCCCACCCCCUCUUUGGCAUACGCUUCGGUUGCCUGGCUCACUAUUCCCUCGCUGUUAUUGGUGUUCUGAUCGUGUUCUCGUGUCUUGGUCGCAAGGUGGAUAGUGCGACAAUACAGCAGUCGCCCCAUACCUACAUGCAUAUCACUCCCUACACUCCCAUUACCCCAAAUAUACCAGACUCAUUAAUUAUUAUGCGCUCUGCGUGAGUCUAGUGUGUUCUUGUCACGAGUAAUCUCAUCCCCUUGGCGGCGAGCGUUGCCGACAAACCGUCAGAAAUUGUAGAUUUAAUCCAGUCA